AUGAAUUUCGCUGUAAUACUUGCUUCUUCGAAUGAAACCUUUUGCGGCUUUGAUUUUAACCUUCCGGCUACAUUCUGGAGAGAGCAGCCAACGAUCUUGAGACAGCAGCAGUCUUCAGGUGACGGCGAAACGAUGAUAUCAAGCUAUACGAUUGAAGCUGUAUUCAGUCUUGCUAAAGUAACAAUAAAUACCGAAGGUGGAAGAUAUUCAGCUUCUGCCUUAUCACUUGCUAUAGAUGAGUCUUGCGACAUAAAAAACAUGGCACAAGUUGCCCUUUUUGUCAGGUAUAUAUCUUCCCAAGAUCCAAAAGAAGAACUUAUGGGAUUGCUACCACUCUAUCGACAAAAUAGAGGGGAAGAUGUAGCUAAUGCCGUGCAAAAAAGCCUAGAAGACAAUAAGAUCGAUUUAAAUAAAAUCUUUACAAUAGCAACUGAUGAAAGCCAUGGUGUUGCUGUAGUGGUAGGUAUUUUAAGGAAUAAAUUGAGGAAUAAAAGUAUUUUCCGAGAUCAUUGUUGUUAUGUACGGUUGAAAAUGCUUAUUUGGUCUUUGGCUGUGCUGUGGAAACGUGAUGGUUUCAUCUCUGUGAUAACGUUACAGUUGACGGGAGGUGGAGACAUCAUCCUUCUCACGUUCUCAUCAGGAGGUAUACCAAGUAGCAUGACCAACAUUAAAGGCAGUGUAGACAAGCUCACCUUCACACAAGUUUCCGAUAUGCUGCCUGAAGCUGUGGCUCCGAAUUCGCAAACCGAAGAAGAUCAAAAAGAAGGUGAAGAUGAUAUACGCAACAACACGGAACAAUAUGGAAAACUGGAACCCAUGCUUACAAAUGGCAAUCAUAUUUUCGAAGGAUUGGGCGGGCAUGAAAAAGAAGAGAGUGUUAGCGAAAAUAAUAACGAACCAACGACUCCAAAUCAAAAUUUUAUGACGGAGUCACCGAAGUAUGAACCUUCCCCUGCGGUUAGUGAUGUUAUUCCUCCUAACAAAUCGUCAGAAAGUGAAAACAAGUUGAAUAUCUGUGAUACUGUUGAAGAGGAGAAAAAGGUGCCACCUGACCUACCACCGCCUCGACCAGAAUCUCCAAAACAAGAUGCAGCGCAGGUUAGGAGUAAACCAAGUUCUCCAUUUCCUUUGAAGUCCCCUCACUUUCUGCCUCUUCAGAAUGGUCCUCUUCAACAACCAGAACCAUCUGCGGCAGUGGCAGCUGUAACUGUCACCACCAGUACAGCAAAUCCCGCAACUGUCCCAACUUCCAGCCAGCUUGGUUCUUCUAAUCCUGCACCACUGCCUUCUUCUACCUCACCCGCUGGUGGGGUACCAUUCCCAUCUUCACUCUUAAGUCAGGAAGAAUUCCCAGUCUCACCGACUGCAGCGUCUUCAGCAUCCAAAACCAUCAGUCCUGUACUUCGAUCCAAAAGCUACGAUAGUGUGGUGAAACCUCGAAAAGGAUCAAACAGCGACGUUGUUCACUCCGUUCCUUAUCCUAUAUGUUCAUCCUAUUCAGAUUAUACCGUAAAUUACUCUACGAACCAGUACCCAACUAACAAACAUUCGUAUCUUAAUCAAGAUAAUCGAGAUACUAAUCAACGAGUGCAUCAUCAAAAAUUUGUUGCAAAUAAUUAUUACCAUCACCAUCAACAGCCAUCCUUGGAGAAAUACCCUAAGGAAACUGUACCCCGUGCCACAUCCAAAGAGAUUAUUUCAUGUGAUGGUUACAAAAACGAUAACUACAUUGAAAAUCGUUUUGAAAGUAAGCCUGGAAAUGAUGAUUUGAAUUACUGCAUCAGUCAAGCCUAUACCAAUGAAAAACCCUGUGAUCCACAAUCAGUGUAUAAGAAAACAAACCCGAAUAAUGUAUAUAAUUUUAAAUCAAAUGAGCUUCUAACUCAAAAUUCAAAUGAAAGCAACGUUGUAAGAAACAGUGGAGAUAAAUCCACUAAUAAACUUGUUGCGGACUGCUAUCCGAAUGUAACUAAAGCUAAAGUUCCCAAUAGGACUACUUACUAUCAAUCUAUAGUAAACAAGACCCAUUCGCGGCAUAAAACGAGUCGACGUGUUCUUCCUGCUAGCGCAUAUGAAAAUAAUUCGAAGCCAGUGGUAAAUAACUAUCCAAUCGCCAAGCAUGCCGAGUUGAUUCAUGGUCAUGGAAAUAAGCCCGUGCAAUAUGCUUCUUCCCAUUAUAAUACAGAAGGAAAGAAAACUGAUUAUUAUCAGCCUGUGAGUUUGGCAACUACAUCGACUUCGAACAAUUAUAAUUGUAGUCCUUAUAAAUUGGAUGCACAUCAAUCUAAUAUAAGUAAUAACAGUACUUGCUCCAGCAACUGGACAGAAUCUCAGUCUGUUGGAUCCAGAAAUUUUAAAGUGAACACUGAGCAAUGUGUUAACAGUUAUCGAGAGAAGUCAGCGGUGAACAACGCUGUUAAUACAAAUUCUAAAGCUUAUAACGUUCAUCAAGGUGUCAGAAGUUUUCAUGAUGGCCACUCUAAAAUACCUGCCGAAUCAUCUUCUGAUUAUGGAAAUAAUGAUUAUUAUCAAAAAGGAAGUGUAACAUACUCUAGGUCAGGGACCACUCAAAGUGCAAUAAGUGAUAAUUUUAAAAGUGCUAAUCACACGACUGAACUUGCAGCUUAUCAGAAUAGGAAUCAAGCUUAUUCCCAUUCUAGAACUUCAAAUGAGAAAAACAGAAGCUUAUAUCAAAAUCAAGAAAAUAACUUCAAACAGUACCAGCAAGAAUUAGUGCCAAAACAGAAUAUUGAAACUUCUCAUAACUAUAAGAUUCAGGGUGAUGUGAAUGCUUAUUCUCAUUAUGGAAGCUCGAGCUCACUGAAAUCGAAAGAGACUGUUACUCAGAAUUUAGAAUCAUCGAAACCUGUUCCAAUUGAACAUAUUUCAAACAACUCUUUAGAGGUUAAUUCAAAUAUCCAGCCUUCAGUAAGUGAAGGAACGACAUACUAUCCGUCAUCUUCGGCAAGGGAUAAAGCUACGUUUUACCCAUACGCAGAACCCUCUCAUUUUCAACACCGUAGAACCCCUCCCAUACCUGUUCAAGCAUCCAAACCUCAAACUACAUUUGAACCUUUGAAUAUACCACCAAAAGAUACUGAAGGUUUCAGAAUCUCAUCAUCAUCCACUGCCAUAUCAUCAUAUUCACAGAGGACCACUGUGUCGUCUCCAGUUACGGUAUUUGAUAACUCUAGAAGUACAGUCAAAACCAUCUGGAGUCCAUCGAUAACUACUGCAUCGAUUAGUGGUACCACAAACAGAGAGGUUAUUGCUGCAUCUAGUCGCGAUAGUCACAGUUCACACAGCAACAGCAGCAUAUCCAGUCUCAGUCAACUAAGCCAGUCAUUGGGUUCAGGCCCUCAAGGUACUUCAGUGCAAUCUUCUAAGGAGUUUCCAAGAGAAGGACGAAGCAGCAGCAACGGGCAUAGCAGGAGCAGUUCCAGGAACGAAACUCCUGUGUGCAGUACUGUGCCUGUAACGUCUUCUACUUCUGCAACUGUUAGUUCCACAUCUGCAUCUUAUGGUGUAUCUGGGAGCCUAACAAGUCUUAUUUUCUCCAAACCAUCUUGGACGAGCCCAAGUGUCACAACUGUUCUUACAAACCCUGGUUCCCACUUUACACCUCCUGUAAGUGGCAGUCUAGGCAGUCCUGUGCCUAGUGUUUUACCUUUGGCACCAUCUCUGCCAAGCAAUCAUCACAGUUCUCCCUUUAGCCACCAUCCCUCAGCGGCGGCUCUUCAUUCGGCGGGCCACCACGUAAUGUUUGCACCUCCUUUGCCUCCUGCAGGAUCACUCUCAUCACCUAGUCUUCCUCUGGCAACUGCUGCUGGGCCUUCGCCUUUUGGAGGCGAUUCUCUUUUUGCUCCUCCUUCAAGUCAAGAUCUUCUGCGGCGAGACCUGGAUGCCAGGUUUCUAGCCUCUCAAGACCGUUCAAUCAACGUCCCUCCUCCUCCGUACUUGCGUGCGGAGAUGCACCAGCAUCAACAUCAACACACACACAUGCAUCAACACAGUCCUUUUCUGCCUCCUCCAAUCGGAAGUUCUCUUCUUCCUCCAUCAGCUGCUCAUUUGUAUGACAAGUUUCCGAAAGUUGAUUCAAGCUUCUAUGGUCGAAAUGCACUGGGAUUGCCUGCAUAUCCAUUAUCACCUCUUCUUGCUCCAGGCUCUGCAACAGCUACUCCAACUCCUUUUGCCCCACCUGGACACUUAGCAGCUUUUCAGCCAAAGAUCUCAUCUUUAGUGAAAGCAAAAACCAUGAAGUCUGGGCGAUGGUGUGCAAUGCAUGUCAGAAUCUCUUGGGAAAUCUAUCACCACCAACAGAAGCAGCAAGCAGAUUCUCAGAAGAGUGGUAAUGGCACUUCAAAAGCUGUCUCAGAUCUUCUGCGUCCUCCAAAUCAUUUAUUUGGCUCUAUACCUAGGCCUCAUGAAUUAGGCUUUUCAUCACCUUUGUUAGGGGCUGCUG